AUGGCAAAGCUGGAAGAGUUGAUAUCUCUUCAGCAACAGUCGGUUGAAAAUGCUGUUAAGAUUGAGGCCAAACGGAAUCGUAUUGCAGCCCUUCAAUCCCAUAUCGAAGAAGUGGAAGCUCAAUUGAACUUAAUGAGGAAGGAGACACAGGACUAUGCUUCCAGAUGCGUAAUAGAAGCUAGAAAGUUGGUAGAAGAUAGUGAAGCAGAAACUCGUAACAUGGAUGUUGUUGAAAGAGAAGCGGCAGAGUUUUUGAAGGCAUCCAAACUGAAGUUGCAGGAAACAACUACACAGACAGAGGAAGAAGUUCAGGCAUGCGCUCGUGAACUUCUUGCGCUGAUUGAUUCGGUUUCAAAAUUCAAAGAGUAUGUGGAGUCAAAAAUCUCAGAGAUGAAGAAUGCUCUUUCAGAAACAGCUGGUGCUGUAUCUAAUGUUCAAAGGGAGUCUUUGCCUGCACAGUUUGGUUUUGAUUUUGCCGCAAGCCGCUGAAUCAAAGUCUUGUUGUACAUUAGUUGGUACAACCUGUGAAUUGUUUGUCUUUUCUUUUGCCUGAGGGUGUAUUUAUUUUUGAUUAAUCAGAAAUAUAUGUUUCCGUGUAAUGGACGAUUAAACUUGAUAGAAAUUGACAAAAUAACAUUGAGUCAUGUUUC